GCGGUCGCCGCUGCGCUGAGGCUUGCGCUCCGACGUGGCGAAGGCAGCCUGUGUGAAUUCGCAGUUGACCGUGGCACGCGGCUGCGUGUUGCUGGCAGCGUUGCCCGAUCCGGUACCAACGGCUGCUGCACCGCUGUUCACGGAGCCUGCAGCGGCCGUACGCAGCUCGCGGGGUCCGUAGACCACCGCCACCACUUUGGUGUUACCCUGUUCGUAGUACGAAGAACCGUCCACGCGCGAGAAGAGCCCGAAGCGCGUGCGGAUACGGCGCACCUCCUCGCUGCGGCGACCGUCCACGCGCAGACCUGCGACGGAGAUGAACUCACCGCUGGCGUUGCCGCCCAGCACGCUCGCAUUGCCUGCCUUCGCCGCCAUGAUCUUGCCGUUGAAUUGGCUGGUGUCUGGAUUACCUCUACCGGUUGAUGACGGUAUACCGGUUCUUAUUCUCAGAACUAUAUGUGACGUGUGAGAAUCUGAGCCGUGUGAUGUGCUAUCUGAUUCUUCCGGAUAAUGAGAUCCUUUGGCGAUUCAUCAUUGCCUCUCCUCUAUGGAGGGCUACAGCGCCCAUCGUAAUAUUGUCGGGAAACGUCGCAAUGGAUCCUCGUAUCAUCAAGCGACUUCUCGGUGGUAGGAAUGGAAGCGAUAUCUACCUCACCGACAACGAGCGAAGCGUCUCACCAACGUGGACAUUCACCACCUGUCGGUCUGCAAAUGGAGAAGGGAGAGCUGUCGGAAGAUGUUUGGUCAGAACAUGGAUCGGGCUUUGGGAUACCGACGGGAACUUUGGAGCUGUUGGAAGUGACCAGAAGAGAAUGGAGACGUUCAAUGGAGCUUCCAUUGCCUCCACCGUUGCCAGAAGACGCACCUAUUCUCCACGAGUUUUCACGGCCUUGGAGAGCUUUACGUCUUCCUAUCCCCUCUACCCCAACUGAAAAGACCAGUAGGCUUUGUGAUUCUGACGCAGUGGAUCGAAACUAAAUCGCUGUUCUGUAAAUGACCAAAAGGUUCGUUGAUGAGGAGCUACGAGCCUCAAUAUACGCCAAGUGAACCGACAUUUGCGUCGGAAGUUCGCAUGUCGUCCUUCCUGGAGCCUCGCGUGGCAGUGCCGGAAGCGCAAGCUUUUCUGAUAACGCCACGUAUUCGCUUUACCCUUGGCACAGUCAGUUCACUCUUGAGUCGUAGCUCUUCUUCUAAUGUUCACUUACUCUCGGACUUGAUUUGUAGAUUGAGCCUCUUGUAUGCAGGUUGGUUUUGUACGACAUGUCGCUAGGCUGUCGAGCAACAGAGGAGUUUUGCUUUCGGAUACCCGGUCCAAUGCUGAACAAGGCAGAUUGCACGAUCCCCCCUGCAGCGUUAAUGUAUGUGCUACCAACACUGCAGAUGCAGAAUUUGUACUUGGUUCUCAAAGUGAGCAAAGUAUUGGCUGGUGACGGGGACAUUGCGGCCGCACCAUACUGCACUCCUGACAAGUUUGCUUCGACGUCGGAGCAGCAAAAGUUGGUUGAGAAGGCGGUGGACUGUGGACUACGUCUAGGUCGAUACCAGCAGCCAUUUGCAUGGGGAACGAUACCAUUAAGUAAGGGCAUCAAACGAUCCAUGACUCUCUUCAGACAGCGAGGUUGCAUACCCGAGGAGCAGCGUAUUUCCCUGAUUUCAGACGCCAUUCGAGGCAUUCUAAAAGACAAGGUGAUUCCUGCUUCGUGUGAGUUCGAUGUUGAUGAUAUUUCAGCUGAGGAACUAGCCGACGCAAAGUUUAAGAACCCAGAAAUCUCGUCAUCUUCACGGCCACGAUUGAAAAUCGCAGAUCCCUUUACCAUCAAACAUCCUUCUGAGAGCGAUGUCUCUGAGCAACAUGGGGACAAAGGUAUUCAUUGUCGUGAGGUUCAGCCGUUUUGCACUUCGUCCCUGGUUCCAAAAUUUGGAUCAGUGGGGUCAGGUCCGGUUGCUGUCUCGUACGUCAACACACUGUACGUCUACCCGCUUCAGAUCGAGAAGUGCCAAUAUCGUAACGUUGCUAUUCGAGUCCAGUUGCUGCAAAGAGAAGUCGAUGCUGUUCGUGGUGUGGAGGAGUCGGCAGAAGCAGUUCUUCAAGCCGUGUAUCGAGCGAAUAAUCAGGUUGAACGCUCAGCUUUCGCGCCUGUAGGAUAUCACCAGAAGAACCCGCAGUUCGACGAUGAGAUCAAGAUCUGCCUUCCAGAAUGCUUGACAAGGGACCACCACCUCCUCUUCACAUUUUAUCACGUUCACUGCAAGAAACUGCAGCCCAAUCAGCCGCAACAAGAAGUUGUAGGGUAUGCAGUAAUGCCGAUUCUCGGUAAAGAUGGCACUAUCUUGCAAGACGGCAAAUACACUGCGAACGUGACUCCUGCUCCAGCGUCUUCCAAACCGUUGGCGACUGGAGGCGGUAUAUCGCUAUCUCCGGGCUAUGUCGCUGCUGCACGAGUGGCCCCACUGGACAACAACAAGACCGUGUUCAGCUGCCGUGGUCGUGUAGUGUCCUCGAUACACAGCCAAGACAGCGCGGUGGCAGCAUUUCUAAGUCCAUUCCAUGGCAGUCCGAGGCCCGACGCUGUCGACAAAGAAGACGCCAUCGUCAACCGUUUAAUGGCUCUCAACCAGAGUAGUGCACUCAAUGUCCGCUACUUUUUCUUCAUGAUCGCCAAGUUCGUACUCGGAUAUUUACGCCAUGGCACAUCAAUUGUGCGAUGGUCUGCAUUCCGCACGCUUCUUGGUAUCAUGGAGAAGGCCAGUUGGAAUCCGCGAGGAUCGUUGAAAGUCCACGAGAUGAACCGAGUACUCCAUGAUUUCGUCCACAUUGUCUUCGACGAGAAGUGUAUCGACAACCCCAGCAAGUCCCAGUCUCCUGCUAAAUCUCCAACUAAAAGUGAGCGCAAGUCUGUCUUUGGUGCGCUGCUCGAAACGUGGCUGAACGUGCUGAAUAACAAGGCUUCAAUCGAAGAAAAUGCCGACACGAAGCGGAUGUCUCUGACGUAUUCGAACGUCCUUCUCCAGCUCAUCUUGAAAUCGAUGGCGAUGAACUUGCUGGAUCAGUGUGACACUUCAAGUGGUGACACUGCACAUUCGCUACCGAUGACGUUAGCCAAGAAUGAUGAGAUGAUGCUUGAACGCGUGUUGGAUCAACUUAUCGCGUGUGCGGGUGACACGACCAAUGGGCUGCUGCUCCAGAAGGAAGUGAAUCGCAGUGUGGCGUACUUCUGUCGUGGAGUGUUCCUCGUGGUGAAUAAUGUCUUCCCUGCGCGUGUGAUCGAUCGGUACGUCAAGUGGAUUGACGUUCAGGGAGAUGCCAACAGUCUCCGCCAUAUCUGGUUCCCUUUUCUUCAUAUCUUGGUGGACUUCGAGUUCUUCCCCACUGUGAAUGGAGCUGCGGAAACUAACUCAGUGAAAACACGAGCGUGGCUCGCCAAAGCUGUCUCGGAGAAACUCUUGCUCAUUAUUGACACCCAAAAAGAGCAGAAAAUCAGAGUCGAUGCAGUGCGAUUACUGCGCAGGAUGUUCGCAGCACAGGCGUACAAUUCUCGCUUCCAAAGCUCAGAGCAUCAAGAGAGAAUCGCUCUCCUGUAUUAUCCAUUGUUUCGCAAUCUAGCUCAGUUCACGACACCAGGAAAACUGCUGUCAGGCAAUGUUCCUGGUUUGCUAGGUGAAGCCAAAUCCGUUCUUGAUCUCCAGAAAGAGACGAUGGCUUGUGUAGGUCACCUCCUGUGCAGCGUGUCAAACGCACAGCUACCGUAUUUCUUUCGACCACUCGCAGGAGAAUCGACUCAAGGACAUGAAACGCAAUUGGACUUCACUGAUCAGCUUGCUUUCUAUCACCGCGUGGUUGGACAGAAAUUCCCACAAGCUGUCGAAACGCUGGUAGCACUCGAUGACAACAGCGAGAACCUCUGUGAUGGUUCCAGCGAAAUAAUGGCACAGCAGUCGCUGUAUGACGAAGCAAGGGUUCACGCCAGUCUGGGGUUGAUUCAGCGCAUGCUCGAUAUCUUUCUGGUUACGGAGUCGUCAAAAACUACUGGGGUGGAACUUUGGCACCAACUUCUCUCGCCGGACUUGGGUGCAUCUGAAAGCGAAACAGGGCUGUCUCUGUUGGAGCAUCACCUCGCGCACCGCCGCAGCAUUCAUCGUCGAACAGGGGGAAUGGAAUCACCAGUCAUGUUGUCGCCGAAGUCUAAUUCAGCUGAGUUUUUCAGCGAUACAUCCCAGACUGCGACGGACGGGGGGACAACACACAGAUCACUUCCACGAAACUGGAGCAAGCAGUACGCGGGUCAGCAGCGGCGAAGUGUUCCUAAUGCUGGUAUUGACGAGAAAGUAGCGUACACGCCAUCAGUUCAGAAGCUGGAAGAAGUCGCUAGUGGGCAGCAUGCGGAAGAAAUUGCCGCUCUUCAACAAGUGGUAGCAAUUACCGCACUACGUGUAAUCGAGACUGUUGUAGACCAAUAUGAGGUCGUGAUUCGUUUGAUCGAAGUGGCCCGCACACCUCGUCUCGGUGCACCAGAGCGUCACGACAAUUCAUCACUGAAUGGUGUCUCCAUAAACCAAGCUUUCGUUCUUCUCGGCUACAUCACGGAAUUGUUGUUUCAAUUGCUGCAACAAGCAAGCAGUAUCAGCGGUUUAGCUGGUGAGAUGGAACAGGAGACGACAACUGAAGAGGACCAGAAGGUCGACGAUCCCCUCGACAAUAGUGUAGAUGGCACAAAACCGUGCUUCGUUAGCACCUUACUGCAGCACUUGCAGGCGUUCGUGUGGCGCUUCUCUGCGGCGUUGUUUGCUGCCCGUAUCCCUGGACUCCCACUAGCUCAUGACCAAUGUCGGAUCCAGUUGAUUAUAUCAAUUGCAGCCACAGCAAAGAAGUCCAGUGUGCGAUGUCAUGCCGCCAUGCUGCUGAGCCAGUUACUGGCGGUGUGCUACGAGCAGACUGGGAGUUUUCUUCUAGUCAAGGCACCAGUCCUCAGAGUGUUCACCGCGGCAUUUUUCCCGACAACAAGUAAACCACCACUUUUGAAGCUCUCCAGUACCUCCUUAAGAGAUCUUCUGGAUGAAAUGCGGGCGUUCGCGACAGUAUCGCGAGAUAGAGUCUUGUCUCUUCCGUCAAGCUUCCACAUCCAGUUCAUCGAGCUGCUCAACGAUCUCACCACGAAGGUUCACGCGUAUGAACGCUGGCACAGCGCAUUCGAAGAUCCCACUGGCGCGUACGACUUUGAAGAGAUUGAAGAAGGAAUCGAUCGAGUCCUUGAAGACAUUUCCCCGUAUUGGCUGCUAAUGGAGAAGCUUGUCUGGUUGAACGCCUUGAUGCGUCUUCACUUGCGUCGAGACAGGUUUGCUGAGGCAGUUUGCUGCAAGCUCGCAGCCGUCGAAUGUGUACAGCGAGCAGGUCUUGGAGACGAUUCGUCAAAUAUCUUGUACUUCGGUCGAGUUCAGCAGUGGAUCAUACGUGAGCUGUUCGUAGCUCGUGGCUACGCUGAGCGAGCAGACUGGAUCGAAAAGGAAUUGUCGAUUUGUGAACUUCUGUUGGGGUGCUUGAAACAGCAGCGGCGAUUCAAGGAAUACCAGGAGAUGCUCCGAUGUGUUGAUGUGUUGGUCGGACGCCUUGCAGAGAGACAGGAGAGCAAUGGAGGUCAGCAAAACAGCUCGGCCUUUUCUUUCUACCGGGUACGCUACGCUGGCGGGUGCGUGCCAGCUUUGAUCUCCAAGGACGAGUUCAUCUACAAACGGAGUAAGUUUGUGUCACUCGGUGAGUUCGUAGGCGAGAUGAAAACGAUGCUUCGUGCCAAAUACCCACAGUGUGAGCGGGUAGACGUCGUUCCAGAGCCAAAGCCACUGACUGGAGGUGAUAGCAACCCCAACGUCAUUUUCCUCCGAGUUACGACAGUAGAGGAAGCACUUCAGAUCGAUUUAUCGCGACUGAAGGCGACGCAACCGCGGAGUUCCGACUGGCGAGUGGCGUUCAAGUUCGCGGUUCCUUUCACACGUGACAGCGCUUCGUCGUACGGCAAAACGUCUGAGCAGAUGAAGCGCAUCACGUUCUUGUCAGUAGAGCAAACGUUUCCGUGUCGAUUGAAUCGACAACUAGUACGAUUGCGUCAUGAAGAAGUACGUUGCCCCAUCGAGAACUCCGUGGACGACAUUCAGAAACGCUGUGCUCUACUUCGAGCCGAGAUCAACAAGGAGAAUGUGGGCAAGACGGACUUGAAGACCUUGACGCUAGUGCUGAAAGGCAGUGUGGACACACAUGUGCACGGCGGCAUUCCGGAAGUCCUCGACUCGUUCCUCGCCGGUGAUCCAGCACAACUCGUUGACGCUGAAGGCCGAUACAUGAGCAGCCACGACAGUUUGCAGAAACGCCACGAACUCGCCAAUUUACUCGUGGAAUUUGCUCAGCUCUGCUGGCAGUGUCUGCUCAUCAGUCGAGAGGCGUUCCGUCGCUCCAGCCAGCCCAGUCAGCACGUGUCUGCAUCUCCCACUGCCUUCCACCCUCAAUUGCUCCCGCACCACUUUGCUCUCCAUCAACAUGACGCAGUAAACGACAAUUUCCUGCCUCCGCUGCCAGACACCAACCUUCUCUUGAGCAGGCCUGUCAUCGACUCCCAACCUCUAGAGACUGAGUCAUCUCCUGCUCUUCUCGUCGAAGUCUCUCCUCUACAAACCGAAUUCGAACGCAGCUUCGCGUCGCUUGUGGACCAACUCAAGUCCAAAAUCCCCUUCACCUACAAGAACGCAACAAAACUCUCUCGUCUCCGAUUCAGUCUCCCCAGUUCUUCUCCAGCCCCAGUAGCUCCUCUUCCUGACAACACUCAUUAAUCAGUACACACAAAAAUAAAGAGAACACCACCUGU